AUGCCUCUGCACCUGUCUCCCCACCGCGUCAUCGGCGCUGCCAUCGGCGUCCUGGCCGCGUUCCCCGCCUCCGCGUCUGCCUUCCCGCCCCAGCGCCGCACGGCGUCCUCGUGCCCGGACUACACCAGCUAUUCGGCUCAGCCGCACGGCCCGUACUCGUCUGGCCCUCUGAAGCUGCCUUACAUGAGGCCGAGCGAGGAGUGUAGGACCUUCAAGAGCCCGGCAGUCGAGAAAGUUAUUAGCGACUUGAAAUCUCAGCUCAAGGAUCCGGAUCUCGCCCGGCUGUUCGAGAACACCUUCCCGUCGACAUUGGACACGACCGUCAAAUAUUUCGACCCGUCACUGAACCUGGCAUUCAUCAUCACGGGUGAUAUCACUGCACAAUGGCUUCGAGACACAGGCAACCAGUUUGCUCACUUGUACAAGCUUCUGCCCCACGACAAGAACCUGCAGGCUCUGGUCAAGGCGGUCAUCAACACAGAGGCGCGGUACAUUUCACAGUAUCCAUAUUGCGGCUCGUUCCAGCCGCCUCCCGAGAGUGGCCUGGCUCCAUCCGUGAACGACUGGGCAACCGAUGUCGUGGUGAAUCCACCUGUGGACAACCAGACAGUGUUCGAAUGCAAGUACGAGCUCGACUCCCUCGCCGGCUUUCUCAAACUUACGCGCUCGUACUACGCCAACACAAAGGACUCGUCCUUUAUCAACGACAACUGGAAUGCCGCAAUGGCCCAGAUAGUCAGGGUUCUCUACGAGCAGUCUCAGAGCAGCUGGACGGAAGACUACCAAUGGGUCAGCUACUACAACUGGACGGGCACAGCCGGCGCGCUCUCCCCCAUGGUGCCCAACAGCGGCAACGGUGAGCCGAAGCAGGCAAACGGCCUGGUUGCCUCGAGCCACAGGCCUUCAGACGACCUCUGCGUCUUCAACUUCAUCACCUCCGACAACGCCAUGAUGUCCGUCGAGCUCGCCAACGUCGCAGACAUGCUCGGGACUAUCGGCACCCAGAAGACCCUCGCCAAGCAACUGCGCCAGUAUUCCGACACCAUCAAGCAGGCCGUCUGGGCGCACACCCGCGCCUCCAACGGCAUCUUCGCGUACGAGACCAACGGCCUCGGGGCGCAGUACAUCAUGGACGACGCCAACGUCCCGAGUCUCGUCUCGCUGCCGUACCUCGGCUUCCUCGAGAGGAGCGACCCGACGUACCAGAAGACCAAGGCGGCCAUGUUCUCGAGGGCGAAUCCGUACUAUGCUCGGGGAAAGUCGUUUGACGGUAUUGGAGGCCCCCACGUCAACGCCACGUAUCCCUGGCCCAUGAGCCAAAUCUCCGCCAUCUUCGGCACCGACAGCGACCAGGAGAUCAAGCAGCGCCUGGCAGUCAUCCUGGAGAACACCAGCGGCCUGGGGCUGAUCCACGAGAGCGUCAGCAUCUACAACACGAGCUCUUACACGCGGCCGUGGUUCGCGUGGGCGAACAGCUACUUUGCCGAGAUGGUUCUUGACCUGGCGGAGAGGAAGCCCAGCCUCAUCUUGAAGUCUGGGCGGCCGUACAAGAUUGGGCAGUGA